AUGGACGCAGACGCAGACGCCUUCCUAAAAGAAUGGUACACCCGCAUCCGGGCCCUCACCACCACCACCCCCGCGCCACCUCUCCCGACCGCCACCGCCCUAACCACCGCCCGCUCCUCCCUUCCCCCCUCCUCCUCCCUCCUCACCCCCCUCGGCCCUACCGCAACCCUAUCCCACCUCCUCACCACCAUCGCGCCCGCGCUCUCCGGCCACAACCUCAGCGCGCACUACUACGGCUUCGUGACCGGCGCCACCCUCCCCGUCGCCGAGGCCGCCGACAACCUCGUCUCCGCCCUCGACAACAGCGUGCAGGUGCACCUCCCCACGCAGUCCAUCGCCACCGAGGUCGAGGACGCCGCGCUGCGUCUGCUGCUGCGUCUGCUGGGGUUGGGCGAGGGUGAGGGCGAGGGCGAGGAGUGGACGGGGCGGACGUUCACGACGGGCGCGACGGCGAGCAACGUGCUCGGGCUGGCGUGUGGGCGGGAGGCGGUGGUGGGGAGGCGGUUGAAAGGGGAUGAUGGCGCACCAACCAGCACAGGCGAGCACGGCCUCCUCGCCGCCUGCGCCGCGGCCGGCAUCCGCGAGAUCCAGGUGCUGACGAGCAUGGGCCACAGCUCUCUCAGCAAAGCCGCGUCCGUCGUCGGGCUGGGCCGGCGCGCCGUCAAGGAGCUGCCGCUCAGCGCGGCGGAGCCGUGGCGGCUGGACCUCGACGCCGUGGAGCGCGCGCUGGCGCAGGGCGAAGCCCAGGGCGUCGCGAGCAUCGUCGCCGUCAGCGCCGGCGAGGUCAACACCGGGCGCUUUGCGGUGCGCGGCGUCGAGGAGAUGGGGAGGCUGAGGGGGCUGGCGGAUCGGUACGGGGCGUGGGUUCAUGUCGACGGCGCGUUUGGCAUCUUCGCGCGCGCGCUGCCCGAGACGGCGGAGUUUGCGGCGCUGAGGGGGAUGGCGGAGGGCCUGGAGAUGGCGGAUAGCAUCACGGUGGAUGGGCACAAGUUGCUUAAUGUCCCCUACGACACCGGCAUCUUCUUCACCCGGCUCUCCUCGACCCUGCACUCCGUCUUCCAGAACCCCAACGCCGCCUACCUCUCCACCUCCUCCUCAUCCAUCCCCAGCCCGCUAAACAUCGGCCUCGAAAACUCCCGGCGCUUCCGCGCCCUCCCCGUGUACGCCGUCCUCCUCAGCGAGGGGCGCGCGGGGAUCGCCGAGAUGCUCGCGCGCAUGGUGAGGCUCGCGCGGGGGAUCGCUGCCGCGCUCGUCUCGGGGCUGAGCGCGGAUUACGAGUUACUGCCACCCCCUCCCCCUCCUCCUCCUCCUACUACUACUACUCAUUCAACGGAAGGAGAGGGGGGGGCGUUGGCGCGGAGGGAUGGCACUGAUUGCAUACACAUGGUAGUCCUGUUCCGCGCGCGCGACGCCGGCCUCAACGAGGCGCUGGUCGCGAAGAUCCAGGGGUCGGGCGAGUGGUACGUCAGCGGGACGAGGUGGGAAGGGAGGCCGGCGUGCAGGAUCGCGGUGGCGAGCUGGAGGGUUAGGGUUGAGGAGGACUUGGAGUUUGUGACGACGAGGUUGGCGAGGAUUGCGAGGGAGUGGAAGGAGGGGGGGGAGUAG